UUUUUAUGAAUAAAAUCGAUUCUUUAUUCAUAACCUAAAUGUCGUCAAUUGUUUUGCUAAAUGUUUUUACACUAAAAUCAUGUUUUAUGAAGCAUUUUUAGCCGGCAUAUGGGCUUCAGUUGGUAGUACUUUCGGAAAAUUAUCAGGAACCGCCAGUAUUGUAGGUGAUAGUUACAUCAUAUGGGGGGCGUUGUUAGUGACUAUGGUGCUAGCCAACACAUGGGGAUGUCGACAUUACCUCCGCUCACUUGACGCCGCCACUAACUCGGCAGCACCGACCGUCAUAUCAGCUGGCUCUAGUUAUGUCUUAUCGGGAGUUAUAGGUAUAGCACUGUUUGAAGAAGCUUCGUCCAUGACAUGGUGGGUUGGUGCAAUGUUAAUCGUAUUCGGCCUCGCUUUGGUCGCUCAGCCGAGGACUAAGAAAAAAGAACAAUGAUGAAAAAUAAAGUAUACGGGUACAUUAAGUGGUAUUAAUAAAUUAUAAUGUAUUUUUAAAUAUCCAGGUUUAUAAGUUUAUUU